AUACUCAAUUUAUCGAUAAAAGUUUGGAUGGUUCUGAAAUCAACUUUGACUACGGAACAGCAUGAACACCAAGAUACAAUAUUUUAAUAUAUAAUGUCAUUAUGAAAUAAGCAUGAAACCAGAAAAAGUUUCCAAAAAAGAAAAGGAAUGAACACUAAAAAGACCAGAUUGCAAGGCAUUAAAGGUCACGUCCAAAUCAUUAAACUUCUAUAGCAUAAUGAUCUUUUCUUUCUCCAAUGAAUAUAUAUAGACAAAAAUAAUUAUUUCUUUGUAAUAAGAAAGUUUGACCUAUUAAUUCUCACGAGAUUUUUACCAUCAAGUUCAUAGAAAAGCCAAAAGUUCUGCCAAAGGUGGGGUGGACUAAUUUAAGAAUCCCGAGAAAGUAACCAAACCUUUUCAAAUGGGUCAAAUCCUCCCUCUCUAGUACACAUUUUAUUUUAAUAUCUUCAUAUUUUGAGCUUGCUUAUGUACAUUUGAAUUAAUCUCCAAGAAUAAUCUAUCUAAUCCUAUGAAAUUUAUUAGAAAUGCAAACAAAAUUUCAGAUUUAUUAAAAAAGAGAAUGAUCAUAGGUAUAUACGUGAGAACAAUUAUCUCCAUAGGUACAAGGUCGUUUGAAUGGUUCCAAAAGCAAGGUCACGAGGGUUUAUGUUCAAAGUGGACAAUAUCAUACCAUUAUAAGAUAGGUAGAGAUUUUGUUAUUCUUAUCAAUUAGUAUCAGAGUCAUGGUCUGAAUCUAGUUGAGUGGGUGAGAUCUUUAGCGAUUUCGAACAAUAGUAGUGAGUCUUAUGGACGAAUUUCCAAAUCAAAUAAAAAGUGCUUGGAGCAACAAACAAGUAAUAACUCUAUCAAGCUCACUGGUAGAGGAGUAGAUCUUUGUUCGAGAGGAGGAUAUUAAAGUGCGACAAGUGAUCUGACACCAAGUGUAUUUCACAGAAAUGAUUUGUGGUUGUGAUCUAUCUAGAUUUUCAACUGGGCCUUGAUAAGAGCAAGCUCUUGUAGAUGAUUUCAAAGCCAUGAGAGUUUAUGCCCAAAAUAGAUAAUAUCAUAUCAUUGUGGAGAAGAGAUGGAUGGAGGUUUCUUUUUUCUUAUCAAAAUUUAUGUGCCAAAAAAAUGUGUAGGAUAUUAAAUUCUAAGGAGAUGGCCACCAUAACUCAUUUCUCCUCAGCCCUUCAUUAUAUCUACCAACAAGACCAUUCAUGAUAGUUCACAAAUAUUUUCUCAAACAUGUCCGUUCUUCGGUGUUAUGAUAUUGUCCACCUUAGAGUUAAAGUUAGUAUAGUGCUUGACUUUUUAAUUCUCCCAAAUGAUUCUGUACUAAUAUAGAGAGGUUCCUUUUUAUACUUCCAAGUUCGAGAUAUUCUCUACUUCUAGCCGAUGUGAGAUUAAGUUUGUAUUUUUUUACAUCUUUUUUCAUCUCCCACAAGGCAAUAGAGACAAGAGUGUUACAGAAGGCGCAUGGUGAUGGGUGUUUGAAUGGUCAUAAUCAAAGAGGGUAUUCUUGAAGCCAUGCGUGCAAGGAAAAGUCAGCAAAGACCCCACAUAUCACCCAUUCUCUAAUCCCUUAAUUUUAUUCCUUUGUCAUAUUGCUUGAGUUUUAGUGACAUAUCAAUCAAAAUUCUUCUGUUCUAUACGAUACUUUCAAGUCUCUGCUCUGCCCCCCUCUCUCUUUCUCUUGUCUGGUCACUCUCUUCUUUGCACCUAUUCAUUUUCUCUUCUCUCCAAUAAUCCCUUUAGGAUAAUUUCUUUGUUAGUUUUUGACUUUGUCUUAUAUCACAUGGAAAUCAAAGUAAAGAAUUUUCACCAGCUGACUUUAGAUUUCUUCUUCUCAGUUAAUGAUGUUGUCCAACUCCAAGUCACCAUUAGUGAAAAGAAUGUUGUGGUUAGCAGGCUAUUAGACAGGGAAAAAUCAUCAUUGAAGGUCGAUAUAAUUUUUUUUGUUUCUGAUAAAUAAAGAGAACACAGGCUCCUGUGGGCAAUCAAGUUUCUAUUUUAAUGGUGGACCUCUAAACUCACUCAUUCCUCCAUUUUCUUUACACAUCCUCACCUUUUUCUACCAUUCUUUUUCUAACCUCUAACCAAAAUCUUUGACAUACAAGGAAACGGGAAAAAGAAAAGGACUCAAAUAUCAGGUAUUUGUUGAGAGCAGGUGAAAGAAAGCUGUACCUUGUGAUAGUUUGGUAGAAAAUGGGCCUUCAAAUUGGGAGUUGUUUUGUUAAAAUGUACGAAAUUCCCAAGUCUCUUCAUGCCCUUUUGGAGCUUUGGUUGUUACAAUCACUGUAGGGCUCAACUGCCACCUUGAUGGCCAAUCUCAGCCUCACCCAACUUGGCUUUCACACUAAAAAAACCAAUCAAAUCCCAACCCUCUUCCUCUACUUCUGUGGAGAAUAAACAAUGGAAAUCUGAAGAUCCAAUCUUCACCAGCCAAAGACUCUCUCAGCUUUUUAAUGGCUUCCUUUAUUUUCUGCAUCAAAUGGUAGGUAGGUAGGUACCAUGCAACCUUCUUCAACUAAACAUAUUCUUUCUUUCCUCUCUUUCUUUUUCAGCUUUUUUUCACUCAAAAAGCAUAAAGUUUCAUCCAUUACCUUAAAAAAGUAAAGUAGUGAGUGAUUAUUGAGUAUAUCUCCUGAGAUGACAAGAUUUUCAAAUGAAAUGAAGCAGAAAGAUGGUUAUCUAACAUACCCAUCUCCUCUUUCUCCUUUUGAUGGUAGCACUGAUCCAAAAUCAAAUGAUUCUACACUAUCAUCAUCAUCUUCUUCUUCUUCUUUCAGCAGUAUCAGCCCAAUCCUCCUUCUAGUUAUAGUAAUUCUAGCAGUCAUCUUCUUCAUCUCUGGUUUACUCCAUUUGCUCGUUCGAUUUCUGCUAAAAAGAUCUUCCCCAUCAAUCUACCAAUCCAAUCGAUACCCAGAAAGGCCUGGAUCUCACACACUCCAAAGACAGCUCCAGCAGCUCUUUCGUCUUCACGAUUCAGGCCUCGACCAAAACUUCAUCGACGCUUUGCCAGUGUUCUUCUACAAAGAUAUUAUGGGUUUAAAAGAGCCCUUCGAUUGCGCCGUUUGUCUCUACGAAUUUUCCGAUCAGGACAGGCUGAGAUUGCUCCCUAUCUGCAGCCAUGCUUUUCAUAUAAAUUGCAUAGACACAUGGCUACUCUCGAACUCCACAUGUCCUCUCUGCAGAGCCACCCUCUUGGGCUCUAAUUUCCCUUCCGAAAACCCUAAUCUCAACGAGAUUUUAGGGCAAGAAAGCGGUUCUCACAGACACCCAGAAAACCCAACUUCUGGAAAUCAUCAGAAACGAGUAACAACAAUGGAGGAAUCUACAGGGGAAAUGAGAGUGUUGUCUGUGAGACUUGGCAAGUUCAAGAGAAUAAAUAGUGAAGAAGAAGAAGAUGAAGAAGAAAUAGAAGAGAAAGGAGAGAGCAGCAGCCAAAACAAUUUAAACGCGAGAAGAUGCUAUUCAAUGGGGACUUACCAAUACGUUGUUGGAGAUUCAGAUUUACAGGUAAUGAAGCAGAAAUUAAACCCUGAAAAUCUUCGAGGAAAUGGGGAUAUGGAAGGGAAGAAAAUCAGUGGGAGAAGUAAAGGGGAAAGUUUCUCGGUGUCGAAGAUUUGGCAAUGGUCGAAGAAGAGUGGAUUGCAAAUUCCUAGCAGCUCGAACAGUCAAUGGAAGCCGGAAUUCGUCUGAAAUCUUCUUCAGUUUGAUCGGAAUCAAUGGAGCUCCGGUUGUAUCAGAGAAAUGAGAUCAAAAUGAUCGAUGGGGGGGUUGUUGGUUUCUUCUAUUUGAUUGAAUUCAGUUUUUCUGAAGAAGAGGAUUUUUCAAAUUGUGUGUGAAACUUGGAACAAUGGAGAAGACGGUAUCCAAUUACUGGAGUUUUA